AUGUCAGAUCAAAAAAAACAAACGGAGGAGCGAAUCCAGGCAGCACUUAAAGCCUUCCACGCAAUAAAUAAGCCCAAUAUCGCUAAAUUGGCGCGGGAAUUCGAUGUUCCCUACGCGGUCGGACUCGAGGUCGUCGAAUCCCUAGAUAAUUCAUAUACUUCCCCUACCCCAGAACUAGUGGAAAAGUCCGCCAAUCGUCUUCUAAAAAACGCGGUUGUUGGUCAUAACUGGGCGUACCGCUUCCUCCAAAGGCUGCCCCCUCGGCUCAAAUAUCUUAUUCGAAAACCCAAGGAAAAAUAUAAUAACCUAUCCCGGGUUAUAGAAGAGCACCAAUUCCUACCUCACGAGAUCUACAAUUGGGAUGAAACCGGCUAUCGAAUUAGCCAAGGAAAGCCACGUAAAGUUAUUACGUCUCAUACAACAAAUGAUAUCGCUACCGGUGGUCAAUCAGAGUCGAUUACGGGCAUUGAAUGUAUUGCUGCUGAUGGUUAG